GCCGCGUCAGUGUGUCCGGCAGCAGGGCGUCGUACGGAGGUCCUGGCAACCUCCCUCUCUCGCGACCCCUCCCACGCGCCCUCCCUCCCACGUCCUCACCCACGCCCCCAACCCUCCUCUCACCCAAACACUUUCCUCCUUUCCUUCUUACAAAGUUAGUCUCCCCUUUGCUUCGCGAGAGCACCCUCACCUGCCCAUCCAGGAAGGUCAGGACGAGCCCCGAUACCCACUGAGGAUUGUGGGCUGCCCCGCGGUGACUUCACCUCCUCACGCACCAUCGUGGCAGCUUGACGCACUGCGGCCUCAGUGAAACACCACGCCCAGUGUAACGCAGGGAAAACAAAAUAAAAAGCAAAGCACUCAGCGGAACCAACCACCCCGUCGUCUAAUCAGUGAUCUCUGACUCAAACAUCGCGCUGUUAUGCUAAUGAUGCUCCACCGAGUCUCCUUCACAUCAGCAGCAGCUCUGCAACACUUGUAGUUAGAGGUGUGAACACAAUUUGAGUUUUGUGGUUCAGAAAUCGCGGUCACCGACGGCGACAAUUCUGAUGGUCGUGACUUGGAGCAGGUCAGGGGCACAUAUAUCAGAACGGUGCGGGAAGGGCUAGCGGAGGCAGAGCGCGAGACACAAGAUCGCCUGGGAAAGCGAAGGUGAAGCUGAUAAGGAGGAAUCCUGGUGUACGCGGCGGCCUGAGGGAGUGUGUCGGCGUGAGGCAGGUGUUGACGGGAAGAGGUGGAGGAGGAGGAGGUGCCGCGUUGUGUGGUGGUAGCGUGACGGAAGGAGUGGCAGCGGCAGAAGUGACCCACGCCCAGGCAGCAGUAGCACGUGGCGGUGUAAGUGUUGGCUCCGAGGUGACUGAGCAGAGCGACACGCGGGGCAAGGUGAAGGAGGUGCUGCUAAGGGCUGACGCGCGGGCUCAGCGGCGGAGUGAGCGAAAAUUAGUGUCGGAUUUUCAGCCCCGCCCUACGAACGAAGACGAGGUAGUGAACGGAGAGGCGUGUACGAAUUUCACGGAGAGGGAGGUGGAGGAGGAACCGGAAGAGGGGGAGGAGGAAGGAGAGGAAGAGGAAGAGGAGGAAGUGCCUGGGGUGGUAGGGGCGAGAUCGCUGGCCCUGGAGGAGCGAGGGCGGAGGAGCUGCUUGGAAGGCAAGAAGAGGGUGAGGUUCUCCGUCUCGAGGAUGGACUGCGACACCAACUUCAAGCUGACCAUGUCCAUCAAGAAGGAAUCGGACGGAGUUUCCUGUGUUCUUCAAGGUGGACGGCAACAGGUUCAAGAAGGAGCGCACAGUCAAGCUGAUGGUGGACACACGGUAUCGCGUGGACUUCUCCUUCAAGCCCACCCAGACCAUGACAGGAGCGAUCAUCUGUGGCGAGGAGGUGGAAACGACAGAAAGAGUGUACGACUCCACAGCCUCCGCCUACAGCUCGCGCCUGCACACAGAGGGCGCCCUUCCCUCGCCCAAAGGACACCGCGACGACCUGCCCUUCGUAGUCCUGAUGAAGGGUGGCCUGGUGAUGCAGAUGUCGCUACAGGUCAAGUUCUACAAGUCCGGCGACUCGCAGCACUGUGACUGGGGCUCCACCUUCCACUGCAUCGAGUAUGACUGCGAGACUCACACGGACGCGGGCAUUGUCGCGAUACUGAAGGAAACUAUUCGAUAGAUGACACCCCGGGAACCCUAUUUUGAAACACUUCUGCGCUGCACCUCCACUACAUUCAAAAGGCUUUAAUUGAAGUUACACGUAUUAUUAAGGGUGUAUUUUUAUGGUUCUAGUGACAAAUUAACAAGAUUUUUACACUGUUAACAGGAGAAACACUGUUGAAAACCUGGCUUAUCAUCCCUGUGGUCUUUGAAAAUAGUCGUGGUGAGACAGUAAAAUAUUUCUGAAUACAGGCCCAAGUCCAACCCAACCCUACCCAAACUAACCUUGCCUAAUCUAAGCCCAAUCCACUCCACUCCACUUCGGUCUGGUCAUACAAUGCACUCCAGUCUGGUUCAGUUUUAGUCCAGUAUAUCCUAGCCCUGUUCAUACCAGUCAGUCUAGUCAGUCAAUUGAAUCAGUCAGUCAGUCAGUCAGUCAGUCAUUUAGUCAGUCAGUCAGUCAGUCAUUUAGUCAGUCAGUCAGUCAGUCAUGCUCGACUAAAUCUAGCCUAGUGUAGUUCGAUGUAUUGGAGUUAAUAUCUUUUUUCUUUUCUUUUUCUGGUGGGAGGUAAGGAGUCUUGCUCUUAGUCUAUAAAAUCUUCGUUAAAUCUAUCUACUACUACUGCUACUACUACUACCACCACAACUACUACACUUUUUUUUCUUAAGGAAUGAUUCUAACUUAGUUUAUAUUCCCUAUUUUUCUUUUUCCUUGUAUGUGUGUGUGUGUGUGUGUGUGUGUGUGUGUGUGUCGGUGAGUGUGUGCGUUCUUCCUCUAACUUUUACUAGUACGCAUUUCUUUUGACGUGUGGGGAGGGGAAAGGGAGGAGGAAGAGGUUUGCCUUUCUCAUCUUCCUCGUUUUUUGUUCCGUUUUCUGUGAGUAGUAUUUGAUCUUAUCUGUGGCGGCGGCGAGGCAGUGGUGGAAACUGUAAGACGGAAAGAAAACGCGGUGCGGAAAACGAAAAAAAAGCAAGAAAAAAUUAAGUGACGGAGAGAGAGAGAGAGAGAGCACACAUACACAUCAAAGGCAAAAAGAAAAGAACUAUGAAUCCCAACACAAUGAUAACAAACACUUGAAAAAUAACUCUGCUAUCAACUCACAGACCAUUCAUCUCCAGCCUUUUGCCUGCUAUUCGGUUCACGUUUCCUUAAUCACUAACCAUCCUGAAACAUCUUUACUUGUUCUGCAGCCACCUCUAAACUGUAUAGAAACUGCAAAAUCUACUCUAUUUAAUCCUGUCUCUUGCAGAUGCUUAUAAAGAUUUCAUGCAACACUUAUUCAUUCAUCUCUAUCAGCUGCCCCGUAUAUUCAAAGCCACCCUAGCAUACCCAUAUUCCGGUCCCAUACUCGAUAUCAUACACGAACUGAAUCACUAAUAAUUAAUUCAGAUACCGAGAGAAAAACACGUGAAGCACCAAAUGAAGCGCAGUGAAACCAAUACCGGAAUUGAAAUAAGUUUAUGAUUGUGUAUUUAUGUAUGUGUGUAUGUAUGUACGUGGGAGGAGGAAGGGAAAGCACUGGGAGAAACUGCGCUAGAGAGAGAGAGAGAGAGUGUGUGUGUGUGUGCGUAUGUGUGUGUGCGUGUGCAAGGUAAGGCAAGACAGCUGUACAUAGUUACCAAGUCUCGUUUGAGGGUUGACAGCUUACCCUUCAAAUUUAUGAUACAAACAUCUUUAUCUCUCUCUUUCUCUCUGUUUUGGUUUUUGCUUUUGGACGAGAAUGGUUGCAGUGGAAGCGUCAGAUGAGUAGAGAGAGAGAGAGAGAGAGAGAGAGAGAGAGAGAGAGAGAGAGAGUACUCCCUAAAUUAAAAUUCGAAGUAGCUGGAGACGUUUCCCUGAACAAAUACUAAAUAAAGCCACGCAUCCCAAGGAGCCGCGGCGAACCAUUGAUUAUUGGGGGCCACGUGCCGCGCCUGACUCGCCGCCCCGGGACUCAGGAGGUCGAGAAGGAAAGAACUGUAAGGUCGCUUCAGAUAAGUGACUCCCUAUAGGUACGUUUACUUUUACACUCAUAGAAAAAGAGCAAGUAAGUUAUCAUUUUCGCUUUUUUUUUUUUUUCCACUCCAUGAGAAAUUAAAAGUAAGGCUAACAGCGGUUUCAGUGCAUAGUAGAUUAAGAGGUUCGUGUUCCCCCUCCUGUUACUGCCACUUUGUCAUUUCGUGUGUGCCGGAGUCCUGCCACUGGCCAGCAGGCAGAACUGUUGUCCCGGACGGCCAGCCUCCCGCAGCGGCGAGGCGCAGGUGCGACACGCUGCACGUGACAUCCUUCCUAUCUGUCUUGAUUAUCAGUGCGAAAUUUGUUUUUCACUCUCUGCAUCGUAACAGAAAACGUUUUGUGUAAAUAUACCAUGCAUGCGGGAAACUUGCGUUCGUUCUCUAAGGCUUAACGCUGAUAGUCUGGGGAAGUAUGCGUAUGCGUGUCGACAAAAAAUCUUCCUCUCCUUACUUUUUUGUCAAACUGCUUGAGUCUGCCUCGUGCUGCCCAGUGGUGCAGCCACACUGUUCAGGCCAUGAGGACCCCCAGGGAGUGACUUGCUCCUCUUGUAUUUACAGUUCUGCAACCGAUCAUUAUUUUCACUUUGUGAACCGCUUCACUGCUAAAUGUGUCCUCACUACCGCCGCCCAGUCCUCCUCAAACACUCGUAUGCGAUUAAAAGCGACAUCGUGUCAGCGAUAACUUAACACCGGCUUAGUUAGUAUUCAGUUCGAACUAAUUAGCUUUCGAGUGCAAAUUCAAGGCCAGUUCGAAUUCGACAAGAUUCUCGCAGCGCUGCCUGACGCUGAUGCAACAACACGAUCUCAACUUCGGACUUUUCUAGCUCCCUCCUAAUCCAGCGAAAUCUUGCCAUGACAGCCUCCCGCUGCGAUGAGAAAAAUAUGUAUGCACACAGCCUUCUCUGGGACGAAGAUUUACUUCAUCUAUUGUAUCUCGAGAAACUUUCGUUGUACUUGAAGGUUAUUUCAACACGCGUCAGAUGUUUAAAUUUCGAAGAACAUACAAUGGAGACGAAAAUUCUUAUGUGAUAAUAAACCACACUUUUCAGAUUUUUAAAUAGAUACACGUUUAUUUCUGCUGUGAAUAACACUGCACAACGUCCAGUGUGCUAUCGUGCGACUGAGUUUACUACAGUAAUAGCUAAGGCGAGACAAAAAUUCACCUUCCUUUCACAGUGUGCGUGGAGUGCAAUGUGUCAUCGCCGUGGCCCGCCACCACGAAACGAAGGGCGAAGGAAGUUUCAUUUACGGGAUAUCUGGCCUUGUACAUCUUGCUCUUUGUGUCUGGUUGUAUUACUAGUGAGUCACUUCUUCACCGAGGGAGUCCUGCACCCAAGGAGAAGGUUUCAUGGUGUGCAAGUGAGGAGGAAGUAACACUUCCAAUGGUGGAGACGCUUCACUACGCACACGCUGUUAGGUGUGGUGGGCCAGUGAUCCCCAGUCAUCUGUUGCUGCUUCUAAUGAUAAGGAUUAACUGUGCGAGGCAUCUCUGUUUUCUUCUUUUCUUUCCGGUGCACUUUCUCUUAUCCUGUCACUUUCCUUUACAUUCACGACAAACCACGCACACAAAGUAGCGUCUGCGCUGAUUUGUUUACUUUUGCAGUCGCUUUUCGUGGAAAGGUCGAAGCUUGGUUUCCUGCUAAUGCCGCGCAGGGGCUGCUCCGCCUGCAACUCACUCCGCCUCAUUGACUCCUCUACCUUAACUUUUCCCCUCUUUCUGCAGGCAAUAGAACAGCACCUCUUGACAGACAGCUUCUAUACCAACUCGAUACAAACACAUGUAGCCUGACCACAAGUUGUAGCUCAGUUCUUCACUGUCAACUCGAAGCUACAAUAAGGUUGAGUUUUUGUUUCCAGUCUUAAUGGUGAAAGUUUGGCAUAAUACAUCCAAAGCGAUGAAUGCGAUGUUUUCUUUGUUAUGAACGACUGAAAACCAGAGGGCGGCGGUGCAGCGCCUCGGUGAGUCUCGGUGUGGCGGGAGUGCUGGCUCGGUGCUGGUGGGCGGGGCGAUGCUGACGUCACGGGGCCACACGGGAAACUUUUCGCUCAUUCACAUAAGUUUAAAGUUCAGUUUACUGUGAAAAAAUAGAGAAAUGAAAGAAAAACUACUGCAGAUGAGACUAUAGGGAUUCUAAUAUUGCAAGAGCUUUCUGGAGUGUUAUUUUUGUAAUAUAGUGUAGUUACUCAAGCACAGUGAAUUCUAGUGAGGAGAAUCUAACACUAAACUUGAAACAUGAUACAUUUCUGCAGCGGACACAGCGAGGUGCCGCGGCGCGUGGCAGUGGCCCGAGGUGCUUCACUUUUUAUUCACGCCGAGUGACGCAUGGAGCUCCCAGAAACUUUCCCAUUGAUGGAUGACACAUUGAUCCAUCAAUAUUGUAUUCAUGCUAUUGUUACUUAAUCGAUUUCACAUUAAUAAUACAUGUCCCACAAAUUCUAUAAUAUGUUAUUGUAUUUUGUACUAUUUGCUUUGAUGUUCUUGUACUGAUGCUCUGCGAUGAAAUACAGCUAAAUCAAUACCGACCUGGUGAUUGAAAGCAUAUAUUAACACAGGCCUUCUACUUCAACGUGACACUAUCAUGAAGAGGAAACCACAUCAAUCACACUCUGAUCACUCGAGCUCCACGCUUCAAGCCAAGUAAUUAUGUUAUUAAGAGAUAAACUAACAGACUGAAUUCUAAACAUGUGCUCAGCGUUCUAGCGGAGCGCUGCCGCGGGUCUGCUGAGCGAACCGUCUGGCCCGUGACGUCAUGCGCGGGGAAGGACUCGCUUUCGUUCACGAGUGCGCCGAGCUGACACUCCCUCGGGCGGCGUGCAGCGAGUGACGUGUCGUGCGGCUGCAUUACGAGCCAACAUGCGACCCGUGUAGAGCUACGGGGGAAUCGAUACGUCCUGGUGCACUGCUUGGUGAAGUGUAGAGAGAGAGAGAGAGAGAGAGAGAGAGGGAGUUACCUUUACGUCACUUCCAAGGUCGUGCUAGAACUAAGCAAUAAGUCCCCGGCAGCUCCCUGAGGGCCAGGCUGCCGCGCCCUCGUGGUGGCGGGAGCCUCGCCUCGGUCUACUGGGGACGUGUGUACAUACAGUUCCCCCAAGUAGUCAACGCUUCAAUUUUCAUUCGCUUCGCCCUCUCCCUGCCCCUGGACGCCUCAGGCCUCUGCGUCUCGCCCGUAGCCGCCAAGUAGUAGUAGUCUCGCCGUCCCUCUCUUAGGCCUGACUCGUCGCUGACGCCGCUGACACGCAACUCUAUAUUUCGUCAGGAUUUUAGGUGCCGGUGAUAAAAUCCAGUUCACGGAUCUAUGCAGAGUUCAUUCCUCAAGUGUCAUUCGCGCUUGCUCGUCAGUCUGAAUCGCCUUCAAGUCCGGUACAGUUGUAUAUAAAGUGAUGACCACACAUAUACUUAUUAUGGGAAUUUUUGAAUCAUAUAAAUGUUAUUUUUUCCUGCUAAAAUAAACUUAUAUAGUUAUUA